GGAGGCGCACCACGGAGCCUCUGUAAACAGUUGGAUUCCAGGAGCCCGCAGCUCGCUUCCGGUCGGCGCUGCAACGUCAUUAAGCAGCGCCGGAAGUGCCUUCGCGCUGCCUAGGAGACGGGACGCGGGUCCCUCGGGUGACAGGGCCGGGCUGGCCGCGCCCACUCGGUCGCCAUGGAGCUUCCCCCAGGGCCGCGCGACGAUCCCCGCUCCUGGGACGAUGACUCGGACCCGGAGCCGGAGCCCGACCCCGACGCACAGGCCGAGGCUUACGUGGCCCGCGUGCUCAGUCCGCCGAAAGUUGGGCAGACGCUCCCGCGCGCGCCUUUGCUGUCUGCGCCCGUCGCGUCCCCUGGCGCCCUGGAGCCGCGGGCGGCGUCCAAGGGUCCGCCCGUGGGCGUCCCGGGCCUGCUGAGCCUUCCUCCGGAGCUGCUGCUCGAGAUCUGCGCUUACCUAGACGCGCGCCUGGUGCUCCACGUCCUGCCGCGCGUGUGCCACACGCUGCGCGACCUCGUGCGUGACCAUGUCACCUGGAGGCUACGCGCGCAGCGCCGCGUACGCGCGCCCUACCCAGUGGUGGAAGAGGAGGACUUUGACUGGCCGACAGCCUGCAUUGAGCUGGAGCAACACCUGUCGCGCUGGGCGGAGGACGGGCGUUGGGCUGAGUACUUCUGCCUGGCCGAUGGACACUUUGCUUCCAUUGACUCAGUGCUGCUGUUGGAGGGUGGGACGCUUUGUCUGUCAGGCUCCCGAGAUCGCAAUGUCAACCUGUGGGACCUGCGGCAGCUGGGGGUGGAGCCCAGCCGGGUUCUGGUCAAGGCCCUGGGCACCCAGAAGAACAGCACCCACAAGGGCUGGGUGUGGUCGCUGGCAGCGCUGGACCACCGCGUGUGCUCUGGCUCCUGGGACAGCACGGUGAAGCUCUGGGACAUGGCGGCGGACGGGCAGCAGUUUGGCGAGAUAAAGGGCAAGGCAGCUGUGCUGUGCCUGUCCUACCGGCCUGACAUCCUGGUGACUGGUACCUAUGACAAGAAGGUGACCGUCUACGACCCCAGAGUGGGCCCGGCCCUGCUGAAGAGCAGGCGGCUGCACUCCAGCGCGGUGCUGGCGCUUCUGGCGGAUGACCGUCACAUCAUCUCGGGCAGUGAGGACCACACGCUCGUGGUGUUCGACCGCCGGGCCAACAGCGUCCUGCAGCGACUGCAGCUGGACUCCUACCUGCUCUGCAUGUCUUACCAGGAGCCGCAGCUCUGGGCUGGUGACAACCAGGGCCUGCUGCACGUCUUCGCCAACCACAAUGGCUGCUUCCAGCUUGUCCGGUCCUUUGACGUGGGCCACAGGUCUCAGAUCACAGGGAUCAAACACUCACUGGGGGCCUUGUACACCACGUCCACGGACAAGACCAUCCGGGUGCACGUGCCCACGGACCCGCCGAGGACCAUCUGCACCCGAAGCCACAACAAUGUGCUAAAUGGGGUAAGGCCCGGCCCUGUGCACCCCGCCCAGCCGCCCAGAACGGCCCUGACUUCUGUUUCUGCCCUCUCAGAUCUGUGCCGAGGGCAACCUGGUGGUGGCUGCCUCCGGGGGUCUGUCGCUGGAGGUGUGGAGGCUGCAGGCCUGAGCAGGCGCACGUGGACGUGGAUCUGCCGGCCCCGCAGGCUGGGCCAGGGCCUCUGUUCUCGGGGGACCUUCCCCCACACUGGUGCCGCCCCUGCCCUGUCCCAGAGGCCUGGGGCCCGAGGAGUCCGGGCCACGGUUAGGCAGUGACCCCGGGCUGCGCCCCAAGCCAGGGAAGGUGACAUUGCCGUUCAGGCCCACCCAGGGGACUGCUUGCUCCCUCCCUUGGGCCCGGUUUUUGUUGUGGUUUGGACACCUGCUCUCCCUGGAGAGCGAAGGAGAAAUAAACCUGAGAUAUUGGUGUCAC